AUGAUUUCAUCGUUGCUUUUCGUGCUUUUGACGGUUUCAGUCACGGAGCAGGCUCCUGCACUUCCGUCUCUCGGGCUUCUCGAAGGAUCCAACGGCGUCCUCGUCAAGGAAUAUAUCAAUGCGAUCACAGCCUACGGACCGGGUCUCGGAGUAUACUGUUAGUCAAUUGCUAUUCGGAACAGUUAAUGCUGGAAGGUUUACAGCUCCGUACAGCUACGUGGACGUUUCCUACGAUAACAUUCCGUUCGUCGGAAAGAUUCCGAUUAUAGGAAAGGAUGGAACGUCCUCCCGUCUAGGAGUGUCUCCGUUCUACCCGCCAGGAGGAAACCCUUCGAAUCCAUGGCCUCCACUUUACAAGUAAACAAGUUUUCUCAUUAGGUUUUUCACUUUUGACCUAUUUUGUAGAGCCCGUCCUCUUCCCCUUCACGUCCCAGAACCACAGGACGUCGUUGCCGUGCCUCUUGACGAAGAAGCCCUCCACGGAGAGCCUCUCUUCCCGCCGGAGCUGAUCCUUCCGAGCGAGAUAGCGGCUGAGGAAGCGGCUAAGAAGAAGGCGUUGGAGACGGAGGAGCCGGAGAAUCCGUUCGGAGACGGAUUGGAUACCAAUGAUGCGAAGGACUCUGUCAACUGGCCGUCGGCAGUCAGCACGUCGGAAAUCGAGGGAGAAGAUGCGCAGGAAAAAAAUGCGGUGCAAGGUUUGAAACUUUUCCGUUUUCAUUUUCAACUGGUCAUUUUUCAGAAGAUGAGGUAGCGCAGCGUCAGGUGAUUGUGGACGAAGCUAAGGAGAAAACGAUGCGGCCGUUCGAAGCGGCCAAGAUAUCGAUCGGAGCGAACGACCGACCGAAGAGCCCGUUCCGGUCACGACGCAUAUUGAUGGAGCGAGUAUGA